CUUCUUCAAUUAAACAUUGAAGGAAGUGCAAAAAGCAUCGUCUACCAAUCACUAGAUUCUGCUUUACAUCAGCGUUAGCAGAUCAGCAUCUACAACCACUCGCGCUCGCACCAAUUGGUCGAGUGUCUUCAUAAAUUGCAUAGUGUCAGAGACAGCAAUCUCGCGAAUUUUCUCCCCAGAGUCUAUCAUAAGACAUCUGCAUUCGAUUUGAGAAUCUGAUCUCUGGAUCUUGUGGGAAGAUAGACUGUUACUACACAGCAGACAUCGCCCAAUCAAGAACACAAAGUUCCUCAUCUUCCAUCACAACAAUUACCUCGACACCAGCUACCACUCAACUUCUUAAUCAAAAUGGCCGCACAAGGAAACGCUCGUGUCCCUACUCAGGAGCCCGCCAACAAGGGAGUUGCCACAGAGCAACGACUUCUGUGGAACUCGGACAACGUCAAAGAUGUUGCGGAAUCAUUGGGAAUUUCUAAGCUUGGUGAAGAAGAACUGCGGACCCUAUCUCAGGACGUCGAGUACAGAAUUGGCCAGAUCAUCAUUGAGUCGCUUCGGUACAUGCGAGCCUCAAAGCGAUCAGACAUGGUCGUCGACGAUGUGAGUGAGGCAUUGCGAACACUCAACGUCGAGCCUCUAUUCGGUUACAUAACCAACCGACCAUUGAAAUACGGAGAGGCGAGCUUAGGCUCACAGGCGUUGUACUACGUGGAAGACGAGGAACAAGAAUUUGAGAAGAUGAUCAACUACCCUCUCCCCAAGAUCCCACGCGACUCCACAUUCACUCAGCACUGGCUUGCCCAUGAAGGCGCUUUGGUUAACUGCCCUGAGAACGUAUCGACAGCCGAGACGCGAGCACAAGACAUGGCACCUAAAGGCCCUGGCGCUAACCCCGCCCUGGCCGCUCUUGCCGGUCAAGAUAACCCAGCUUUUAAGCCGUCAGUAAGGCACGUGGUUUCUCAAGAACUCACAUUGUACUUCGAGAAAAUACAAACUGCUGUAAUGGAUGAGCGCCCCGAUGCUGAGGUUCAGAAAUUGAGAGAAGCCGCAUUAGAGUCUGUCAGCUCGGAAUCUAGCAUACACCAGCUGGUUCCCUAUUUCGUGCAGUUCAUAUCCAACGAAGUCACGCAUCAUCUAGACGACAUAUUCGUCUUGCGACAGAUGAUGGAGCUCACGAGGGCUUUGAUCAACAACAAAUAUAUCUUCCUAUCUUCAUACGCAAGCUCGCUAUGUGCCCCAGCCCUCACAUGCGUGCUGGGUCGUAAGAUCGGAAGAGAGGUCGGAGAAGCCGCACUCCGCGACCAGUACCAACUUAGAGAGUUUGCUGGGAGCCUUGUCGGCCAGCUUUGCCAGAAAUACGCCAAAGAUAACAAGGCGCUCCGACCGAAGCUUGUCCGCACAUGCCUGAAGAACAUCCUCAAGACCACCAACCCACCAUCAGUAUGGUACGGAGCCCUCUGGGCACUUACAUCAGCUGGCGGUCCUGAAGUCGUUCGAAUUAUCUUACUACCAAACCUGAAGAAGUUUGAGACUAACAUGCUCAUUCCUUUGGGGCAAAAGACCGACGACUUCAGCCGCACGGAGUACGAAUCUCUCAUAGCAGCUAUAUUAAGAGCUGUGCAGAGUCUGGUGGAAGACGGCGAUGCCACGAUGGUGGACGGCGCUAACGGCCACUCAACCGAAAGCGAAGCCAGCCAAAUCAAGUCGUUCUUGGGUGAUAUAAUCGGCGAUCGUAUUCUAAGACUUGGCAACCAUGAACUAAACCGAGUCAUACUAGAGACGCGCCACACUCAAUGAAGGGAAAGGUGGAAGACACUAAGUACACCUACACCGAUUGAGGGCUUCGAUUGAGCUAGAGGAAUUGGGGAGGCAGGUGUCCGGAUGAUGAUACCCAUGCGAUGAGAAUAUACGGGCGUUGGAGUAUUGUAUUGUGCCUACCUAUGGUACAUAUAUCAUUUGUCUGCAUACGUUUCAGGAGUUUAGGAGUCUUGGAAGCCGAGACUACCCAUGAGCUACCAGCCAUGAUGAACUAACUCAUUACUAAGGAACUGACAUUGAUAUUUCGCGGAUUAUAGGUAUACAUA